AAUUUGUGUGUAGGAAGUACAGAGGCCCAAACAACCCCUAAAAUCCUGCUUAAACCCUAUAUUUCUUUCUUUGUUUCUACCCCCUUUGCAGCCGGAAACCACCGAUUUUCCUUUUUUCCGGUCAAUUUCUUGAGGUGGGUUGCUCGCUGUAAUAACAAUGGCGAAAGACAAGCAGCAAAAAUCAGCCAUCACAUCUUUUACUUCCAGAGGCGACUUCCUUGCUAUUCUUUACUCCCAAAGCUACAUCAAAGUAUGGAAUACACUUGAUGGAAGCCUAUUUGCAGAGUGGAAACCAUCUGAUGGAAAUGAUAGUUAUACAUUUUCGUCCAUGACAUGUGUUUUCACCGGGAAGAAGCGUAAACCAAAGAAAGGUACUUUUCUUGUGGCCCUUGGCACAGAUAAUGGAGAUGUCCUGGUUAUCGAUAUUGUCACCGCUGAGAUGAAGUGGAAAUCAAGUGCAUGCCUUCCAGGAGGAAUUGUCAGCCUCUCUUUUUCAAACGAAGGAAGCAAACUGUAUGCAGUUGGUACGAAGGGGAUGGUUUCUGAUAUGAACUCAAAAACCGGAGAACUUUUUAAGGUGUUGGAACUUUCUAAAGAUUUCAUCAUUUCAUCAUCUUUUUGUGACGAGAAAAUAGUAACCGCUACAACUUCUGGUGUGCGAGUUUUUGGUCUGGAAGAUGGGAAUGAAUUGGUCAAGCUCCCUGCUGAUUUGGGAUCUGUGCGGCAUAUCUCUAUCUCUGAUGAUGCCAAGGCCAUCAUUACAUCAAAUGUUGACGAAAAACACCUUCAAGUGUGGAAGUGUGGAUUGAGCACAGGAACUGUUAACCCUGGCACUAUUCUUUUCAUGAAAAGCCAUCCAUUAAAUGUUGAAUGUAAAAAAGGUUUCUCUGCAGAAGAUGGUGUAGUUGUCCUUUCAGUUUCAGUUUCAGGACCAACGUAUAUCUGGAAUUUAAACACUUCAUCCGAUAAUGAAGUAAAGCCUACUAAAAUUUCAGUCCAAAAGACUGCAAAUGAAGUAAAUGGCACUCCUGGAAAAUCAAGGAAGAAUCGUGCUUUGAUAGUUGCUGCCAGAAUUCAUGCUUUAAAUUCAGAUGGUCAGGUGACAGUCCUUGUGGCAUACGGUUCUAUUAAUUCCCCAAAAUUUAGUUUCUUGGAUAUACCUAGAACUGGAGAGGAUGUUGUUAUAACUGCUGGGGAGGACACAGUAGAAUUGACAACUAUUGGUGAACAAAAUGGGACUCCUGAAGAUAGAGGUGUAGAUGAAAUAGAAGCUGCAGAUGGACUUGUUCAAAAAGCAAAAUCUAGUAAAAAAAGAGCCAAAAGGGAACCAGAAACUGCUGAUAUGGAAGCUUUAUUAGACCGUGGUCAUGGGGAGCCUAUGGAUGGAGUUGAAGUUGAAUAUGAUUUAAGUGAGCCAACCAUGGGUGAGAAACUUGUAGAUUUGAAUUUAUCAGACGGCAAUAAAGUUGAGAAUCGUGAGCAGCAACAGUCUCCUCAGACGAAGCUUCCCAGUGCAGACUCGGUUCAUCUGUUGCUUAAGCAAGCACUGCAUGCUGAUGAUCGAGCUCUACUGUUAGAUUGCUUGCAUAGGAAAGAUGAAAAGGUUGUUGCAAAUUCAGUUUCGUUGUUAAAUACAUCUGAUGUUUUGAAGCUUCUGCAGUCUCUUAUAUCUAUUGUCCAGUCACGGGGGGCGGUACUAGCAUGUGCACUUCCAUGGCUUAGAAGUUUAAUCCUUCAACAUUCAAGUGGUAUAAUGUCACAUGAAUCUUCGUUGGCUGCUUUAAACUCGUUAUAUCAGCUUAUAGAAUCUCGGGUUUCAAAUUACAAUCCAGUGGUACAAUUAUCAAGCAGCUUGGACUUGCUUUCUGCUGGGACUAUUGAUGAUGAUGCAGAUGAUGAUGAUGUAAUACCACCAACCAUUUACGAGGACAAGGAUGAAAGUGAUGAAGAGGAAUAUGAAGAUGCUAUGGAGACUGACGAAGAGGAUAAAAUAGAAGCAAAGACUUUCAGUGAUUUCAGCGAUAGUGAUUAAAUGGAUUGAGUAAGUUUAGAAGCUGCAUUUUGUGGAUGACCAGUGGAAGGAAAUGUUGCUUAUGGAACGGCCAUUCAUUUAAAUUAGGACCGUCUAUCUGGGAAGGAUACCAAUUUAAGAGCCCGUGAACUGGCAGACAUUUAUCAAGCAGUGCUCCAGCCAAAUUGCCGUUGCAUCAUUUAUAUAUGUCAAUGCAUGGCCCAUGGUUUAUUUAAGUUCUCAGAAACUGAAAUAUUGAUGAAUAAUUGUACUAUUAAUGUAGGCAUUGUGUUUUUUGAGAUGACUGUUUAUGGUCUAGUUAUUCUUUGUUAAUCAAUUUCCCAUUUUUGAAAGAUUUAAUAUCAGCUGUUACUUUUUUGUCUG